GGAUAUCCUGUUUUGUUGCUAUGCUUGACAGUGGGUAGCUAAGCAGGUAGUAAACGGUUUUUUCGGUUUUCGUAGUCUUUUGCGAGAUUACCAAGUUGAUUAAAAGCAAAAAUCAAGAGCUGGUCCGAUCGUUAAGCGCGACAGAUCACUGACAACAUGACUAAGCACGAAUUUGAGGUGGCGAUGACCUGUGAAGGAUGCUCCGGAGCCGUUACGAGAAUCCUCAACAAGCUUGGAGACGUGAAGUUUGAGAUUGACCUGCCAAGGAAGCUGGUUUGGAUCGAGUCCGACAAGGAUGUGGAUGUUCUCAUGGAGACGCUGAAGAAAUGCGGAAAGGAAGUCAAGUACAACGGCACUAAAUGAGGGCUUCUGUUUCAUCGGUUCAACAGGUGACACGAAAAUCAUACUGCUGUAAAGUGAAAACUUAAGCUCGACUUGAAGCCAAUUACCAGGAGGUGCCACGCCCCAUCGUCCCAUAUGCUUAAAAAAGAUCUCGGAUGCAUACGCUCUCAGAUUGAGCCCCACAUUUCAAGCAGAAAGUUUACAAAUAACUCUAGGGGAUGUUAUCGUGUUUUUACAUUUGGAAAAAGGAAAAAUGUCUCAUUUGUUGGUAUGACAUUCUUUUUAAAGAGAUGCUGUUUCUGAAAUCCUGUUCUUUGUACCCUUUGCUGUGAUUUCUGCUUCAUGCUUUGCACCUAAAUUGAAAGCCCCGGGACAUGCGCCCCCUGCAGUUUGGAGCAGCAAUUUCAGGUGGAGCUUAAACAAUGUUACUGUCUGUGGUAAAUAGACCCUUAAAACCUGCCAAAUAAUCAUGCUAAUGUUCCUUUAGAGCAGUUCAACUACAUUCCCUGUAUCCGUUUUAAAUAUAAUGAACUGCUUUUACAUUGAGUCAGUAUUAUUGACAGCAAGUCCCAUAUGUUUAAAGCUUCAUGGAUAAUGUGAUGUGGCAUAAAAACCACACCAUCUUUUCUCCUUUAAAGGACCACCAGCUGCUUCUUUGUUAUUUACAGUAAAAACACUACUCAUCACAUAGAUCAGGAUGAUCUUGAUUCUCUGACAGGCAUCUGUGUUUUUCUUGUAGUUUGCUCUGGGUUUUGUUACCACCUUCUGGGAUUCACAGUAUGUUUUAUCUAUGCACAAUGAAAAUAAAAUCACCUAUGUCUGAAA